AUGCCAAACGGCCUCGACCGCCUGGAUAGGCUGUUCUCUAAGCGCAAGAACUCUCCCACGGGCAAAAACCUUUCAACAGACCGCGCAGAGCCUGUCGCCGACGUCCAGCAUACGCAGCCUGGCAAUGUGAGCUUCCCUCAGCCGUCAUUUCUGCGACCCAAGGGAAAAGGCGAGCGUAUGAUUGCUCGAGAUGAGUCGACGCCAGCCGAACGUCACGACAGCCGCGCCAGUAGCUUGCCCGAAGCGCGCUCCGAGCGCAUGUCUAUGCAUUCCUCCACUUUCAGUACCGCCAGCACAGGAGACCUGAACAACGCUCCUCCUCACCACACGUCCCUGAUACUCCGCAGAAAGAAUCUGCAUGCCUCUAAACUUAAGGAGUUCAAAUUUCCUCUCCCACCCAAGGAUAUCAGAACCAUCUCAACAGACCUGCCUACUUCACCUUCCUGCUCACCCACCACUGCCGCCGCCAUGGGACGGGGUCACCUGGAGCAUCGCCACAGCUCUUUCCUCUUGGCCUCGCGGGCUGAUACGCCGCCCGCGUCCGACCAUGAGGAUGACUGGAAGUAUCACCACCGGCAGCAAACUCAGAGCGGUUCCACGCCCAGCCUUCGGCCGCCUAAUCCUCCAACACCAGCAGCAUCGCCAGAGAUUAGAGCGUUGUCAGAACCCCCUAGCCAAGAGCCUGAUGUCGGUGUGGCUGACAAGAGAAGAAUGUUCGCACCCCUCCGUCGCCGCAAAGAAAGAAAAGCCGCAGAACUGCGAAGGGCCCAGUCACACAUUGUUUUGGCGUCUACGCAAUCCCUCAAGCAGGCAAAGAGUGUACUCAAGGGCGGAGAUGUCAAGGAUUUCUUCGAACUAAGCGACGAUGAUAUCGCCGAAGAGGAUCUAAGCGCUGACGAGCCUACGACCCCUGAGAUGGCACCGUAUUUGCGCAGGCCGUCGACAAAAACAAUAACAUCCGUUCGUGCAACGACACCCAUGUCGAAGCGAUCCUCAACAACCAGUGUCAUAAACACUCUUGCAGACGCCGCCGCUCAUGGCGCUGUGCAGAUCGCGAAGAUUGCAGCCAAGCACAAGUUUGACCUCGUGUACAUUGUCAAUCUCUGGCCUGAGAAGGUCCAUUAUGCAUCCGCAGCUGCAUCGAUGCCCACCUCGGCCUGCGAGUCAGCUUCCUCAUCCAGGCCCAACAGCGCCAGGAGCUCGUUGCUUGGCUCCAUGGAAGGUACUGUGGUGGAAACCGCAUCUGGAAUGACGGGGCGACUACUUGCGGCCUAUGGACUAUCCAAAGUGGCCAGCCCCUUUCGCAUUUCCGCUGCAGUCCACGCUAAAAUUCUGCGUCACGAAAGCUGGAUCGAAUACCGCAGCGCCGAUGCAAAAGAAGGCGAAUUCUCGCGCGGAUACGGCCAUGCAUUCCACGCAGGCUUUUCGCGAAAAUCUACAACUACUUGCGCCUCGAUGGAACCACGGUCAGAGGUCGAUCGUGGCAUCGUUUUCGCCGCCUAUAGGCAACCUGGUCCUGACGGCAAGACACGUGGCUGCACACCUGCGGAGCUCGAGGCCCUACAUGCAGAUGCUGAGCAUCUAAUUGAUAUGCUCAUUGCCAUUCACAAGGCAAAAAGGCUUCGAAAUCCAGUUGCGUUGAGCGCUCAAGCGGACGACGUAGGACCGAUGCCACCACAGCGAGAUGUGUUCCUCUGA